CUUAACAAAAGAUGGUCACGGCGACGCGGAGCGGUACUGUGGGUGCAGUGCGGGACUGGUGCGUGUGGAGACGUGCGAGUGGAUCGUGCUGAGUUGAGCGAGCGCACGGCGCGCGCACUGCGGGAUACUUCACUUGACAGCCGUCUUGUAUUCGAGCAUUUGUCGGGAUUAAGUAGCGGGGAAGGAUCAUUCCCACUCUGUGUUGGUUUGAUGUCGAGUUUGGAGCGUUGUGUUAAUUGAGUCAUCCGGUUCAUGUAGGUCUUGUUUGCAGCGACCACAGGAUUUUGGACACUUUUGACCAAAGUGGAUUGAAGCUGGAUGACGCGAGAUGCUUUUGCCAAUUAAGUGACCAGUUACAUUCAAAAAGUUGACCACAGAGAUGUUUGAGCGGCAUAUGCGUGUCUGCCCCAAAUCUUCACAUCUUCAAGAGGAUUUAAACGUUGCUCUUCUUGAAUAAACACUUCCCAACCACUUAAAAAGUCACUAAAGAUGGGAGCUCUGCAAAUAUUCAUCUUUUCUCUCCUCUUGCACCAGGCCGCAUGCAGCAAAGUACGCGGGGGAGCCACAGAGCUCGUGGAGUGGGGGGACGGCACGCACAAACAGACGUCUCCCACGGGCGCCAGUCCUCGGAUCCUCAACCCCUUGCGUUUGUUCGCCAGGGCCUCCCCAGGGUUCAAGAGCAACGUGAGGGAAAUGUCCUAUAUACAGAACAUGGAGGACUUCUGGGACUGGUUAUCUAACCAGACAGAUGUUCAGGAUCCGCAGGCCAGAACUAAACGCAGGCCCAUCGUCAAGACCGGAAAGUUCAAAAAGAUGUUCGGGUGGGGCGACUUCCAUUCCAACAUCAAGACGGUCAAACUCAACCUGCUGAUUACAGGCAAGAUCGUGGACCACGGCAACGGCACAUUUAGCGUUUACUUCCGCCACAACUCCACGGGCCUGGGCAACGUGUCGGUGAGUCUGGUGCCGCCCUCCAAGGUGGUGGAGUUCGAGGUGGCCCAGCAGUCUACGCUGGAGACCAAAGACACCAAGUCCUUCAACUGCCGCAUCGAGUACGAGAAGACGGACCGUAACAAGAAGACGGCGCUGUGCAGUUUCGACCCGUCCAAGGUUUGCUAUCAGGAGCAGACGCAGAGUCACGUGUCCUGGCUCUGCUCCAAGCCCUUCAAGGUCAUAUGCAUUUACAUCGCCUUCUACAGCGUGGACUAUAAACUGGUGCAGAAGGUCUGCCCUGACUACAACUACCACAGUGACACGCCGUAUUCCUCCACGGGAUGAUGUGGCUCACCUGUGUGUGUGUGUGUGUGUGUGUGUGUGUGUGCGCAUGUGUGUCAGUGGGUGUGUGCGCCUGGGUGUGUGUAUACUGUAUGUGUGUGUGCGUGUGUGUGUGUGUGUGUGUGUGUCAUGUGACCUUCAAAUCAUGCUUACGUCAACGUUUAAGCCCGGGGUGUCCACACUUUGUCCUCUUAGGCCCACAUACAGAAGAAUAGACACCUGCAAGGGCCACUUUGAUAUUCUUCCAUUUUAUUUCAUUAAACACACUAAAACCAAUCGGUCAAGCAAUUAUAUAUUUUUUAUGUAUUGCAGUUAUUUUGAGAAGCGGCUGUUUCACAGCAGGCUUUUGCUGACUGUUAAGUGAAUUCAAAGAUUUGUUUCUAAAUGGAUUAUACAUAUUUGAAGAUAAUUGGUGAAAACAUGUUUCAAGACUGAACUAUAUUGUGCUGAAGUGUAGAGCUAUAGCGUUAAACUGUUUUUAACAAUCUCAGCUGUCUGUCUGGAUUUUUGGGGUGUGGCUAUAAUGGCGCCCAGUCACUCACGUCAGCGUCCAGGAUGAAUCCUCCCUCCCCAACUAUAUAAGAACUUGAGCAAUUUUGGUCUCAUCAGUGGUUUUCCAGCGAGGUACUGACAGGAGAAACCAAAUGUUUACACACACUAUGUAAAAAGACACAUGCUUUUUUUUUUUUUUUUUUUUUUUUUUUCUUGCUGUCUGACAUUUUGUAGAAAUACCCAAGCAACAUCUCAAGACAUCAGCCAGGAAGUUAAAGCCUGGGCUGAAAUGGUUCUUCCCAAAGCAUACUGCCAAACUGCUAACAAAGUGGCUUCUUCAUAAGGUCAAUGUUUUGGAGUGGCCAUCGCACAGCCCCGAUCUCAAUCCUAUUGAAAAUUUAUGGACAGACCUGAAAAGGCAUGUGCGAGCAAGGCGGCCUACAAACUCCUCCUCAGAUGCCAGAAUUUACAGAGCAACUCGGUGUAGGUAUUAAAAUUCCCGAGUGAAAAAGUGAAGGCCACGACAAACCUGCCGCGUGUCCGCCAGCCGAGAGAAGCCUGUUAGCUAGUAAGCUAGUUGGUCGCCUCUCAUCGCGACAUGGAAAGCCCUACGACGACUUUUUUCUCCCCCCACAAUUUUCACACCCCUCUUAAAAACACAGAAAAUUAAUAGUGUUGCAGGCCCUGUCAAAUUUAGUCUAUACCGCAGGUUGCUAAAAAAUGCAUGGCAGGCCAUAGUUUGGACACCCCUGCACUUCCUCCUACUUCACACACCUAAAUUCCUGAGCAGGAAUUCAUGAGGGGACAUUUAGAGGUGUAACUACAAAAACUUCAACAUGUUCUCAAGUGAAUUGAAGCCGUUUCUAGCAAGCAGUUGCAUUCACUUCAGAUUGUUUAUGUCCAUCCAUCCAUUUCCUGUGCUGCUCCUAGUUAUAUGUUUGAUUUCCAUAGCACUUUUCACAGAAAGGACUCACAAAUACAGAAUCAAAUAUGAUGACUUAUCCUCACUCCUUUGUGCAUAUCCCUACAGAUGUAUUUUGCUAUUCAAAGUGAAAUGUAAUGGGUUUUGCUCCGACCUACCAAUCAGGAUGGAAAAAUGUUGAUGUUGUCAUUCUUGAGGAUUAAUAUCUCACGAGUGAAUCAUCUCAACACCUUUACUGUAAUUGAUAAGAACACCGUUCACCAUUUCUACCCCUUUAACACUCACGUCUUCGAGAUCAAAAAUGUCACUUGUGUUACUCUCCGCUUUAUCUCUGCGGCAUCCUCCUCGACUGACACUGACAGCAGCGCUACUGCAACUGGCAAGAGCGUCUUGCUCUUGCUGUUGUCAGUCACGCACAUUCCGUGUUAAUGUGAAAAAUGUUGAAACUUUUGGUAGCCUCCUCUUCUCCGCUCCACUGGGAUAGGUCAGCUUCAUUUUCCUCACAUUGGCGCAUCUUCUCGAAUCAAGUCUGCACAUGCAUAGUCAGAAGAGGGAAUAGUCUUUUCAUGAGAAGGGUGGGGGCAGCACUCAAAUGAUCAUAUGUUUCCAAGUUCGAGAAUUAAAACUUAAACAAUACUUCCUUUAAGUCGUAGUAAACAGUCUUUUGGAGACGUUUAGGGACCCUUGCAAAUCUAAACGCUUCCCUGUGUUUGCUGAAUGGUAACUCUGCCUCUUUGUCCAGGGACUUGGUAUUAAGAGGAUGACUUGGGAUCCAGAGCUAGGCUCUCACUGUACACCCCUCAGCCCCUGGCCUAGCACAUUGUAAAGCAAUGCUAAUUAGGAUGCUGUCCAGAUGUUGUGCUGAAGGCGAGGCCACAGGCGGUUGGAGGUGCGUACAUUGUAAACGAUUCCCUCACCUCAAACUCUCACGCAUGCAAUGAGAAAACGAGGAAGAUUUAUUCUACAAGGGCUUAUUAUUUUAGAUUUUUAGUUUGAUAUAUGGAUGUUAAGGCACAAAGGAGUUGUGAAUAAUAGACCCUCUCUGACAACAGGUUUUCAGUCCCUCUCUUUUAUUAGGGCGUUCAUUGAUGAUGAGGCUAAUAUUAAGUGUUGCUGACAAAAGGAGCCCAUCGAGAAGAAGCAAAGGACAGGAAUCAUUAAUCAUUUGCAUAUGUCACUCGGCCCGCUCUCUGAACGUCUAAUUGUGCUCUCUUUCUUCACCACCACCAUUACGGUUUUUUGUCAGAUGAAUGUGAAGGCAUCGUGCUGCAGUCACUGAUGGUGUAGUGGUACACUCGCCUGUCUUUGGUGCGGGCAGCGUGGGUUCAGUUCCCUCUCAGUGACGGUGUGAAUGUGAGCGCGAAUGCUUGUCCGUGUCUAUAUGUGCCCUGCGACUGACUGGCGACCGGUUCAGGGUAUAGUCCGCCUUUCGCCCGAAGUCAGCUGGGAUAGGCUCCAGCGUCCCGCGACCCUAACCAGGAUAAGCGCUGUUGAAAAUGGAUGGAUGUAUGGCAAGUGUGAGUGCAAUCAGCAACAUUAGACUGUCCUGUUAACUGCCUUCAUUUCAUUUACACUAAAUGUGAGGGGGAAAAAAUAUGUAACCGAAAUGAUGAGGAGGGCAUCAAUCUGGACAUUUGCACACAUGCACAACUGUACAUUAGGCCUACUUGACCCCCCCCCCCCCUCCCCCUUUUUUAAAUUUUAUUUCAUCAACGUCUAACAUCUAACCUGUUCUCAUAGUGAAGUGUGUCAUGUGCUUUAACUGUUAAAACAGUGAAAGGUCGUACGUAAAACUAUUUGCUUUGUCUGUAUUUCAUGUAAUUCUCCCAUCAGAUGUAGAGUGAAUGAGCCUUGCAGGAGGACGCUUGUAUCAUAAGAAAAGAACACAAUCUGUUUUUUUAGUUUAUCCAGUGUAAAUGCUGUGUAUUAACGUAAACGAAACCCUACGGCUUCACACUUGAAGUCAGUCAGUUUUAAAGAGAAAUCCUGUAAGUGGACUGUUCCUUCUUAAUUCUGGUGUUUGUAUAACAUGUAGAUAAAUGUCCAAUGUAUUUAUUUGAGUUCCUGAUUGCUUUUUUUUUUCUUCUCAAGUUUGUUCCGAAGGAACGCAGUGCUGUGUAUAGUCUA